UGAUGUUUAUUUCUGUAUUUAUUUUAUUUUAUUUAAAUUCUAUAAGUUUUAAGAAUCCCAAUUUUCAUAAUACUAUGACAUCAUAGGAAUACAAGUGUGAGGUUCCGGAAUUGUCUUGGAACACUAAAAUAGAAAAAUGUAAAAUAAUUUAAUUAUUAAAGUGAAAAAGAAUGAACAAAAAUUUUUUAUAGAAACUUGAGAAAUAGUCUAGACAGUGCUGCUCCCAAGAUUGAUCAUUUGGAUUGGAGUCAUUUUCCAUUGUUUGAAAAGACAAUGAUGAUUUCUCCUGUAAACUUUGAUUCUUUGACUGACGUAAGUAAAUUUGAGAAUCAAUUAGAUCCCCAUCAUAAAGCGUGGGUGAGGGUCCGAAACCAAUCCAGGGAACAAUUGAGGGACAGGAAGGUGAUAAAAGCCAGUAUCUCGAGGACAUGAGGCUAUCAAGAGUCAUCUCUUCCAUAGCCAUUGCCACCAAUCACCUCCAGUCAUUUGCAUUUUCCCCGCACUUCAUCUCUGCUAUUUCACUAUCACUGCUGCCUUUUCCUUUUACAUCUUAACUGUUGCCAUUCAAAAUAAGGACCUUUCCAACUAAGGACAAACACAAGUGGUUUAUGUUAGUGCUAGACAUCGGAAGAAAAUCAAAUGAACUUUUCUUUCUGGAUCGUUCACUGAACAUUGCUUUGGAUUCCACCAAUGCUGCUACAAACUUAAAAUGAUAAAUUAAGACAACUUUAAUUAUAUUGUAAGCAUAGUUGUACAAUAAACUGGUUAAAUGGUAAAGAGGUGUCUUCAUCCAUCUGUACCACAUUUCCCACAUACUUAUUAGUCCCUCGACUUUCUUGAUGUUGGGAGAAUUAACUUUAUUUCCUUUGGGAAAAUAAAGGAAAAGAGUUCGUCAUAUCUCAUACAAGUGAAACUCUGAGUUUCAAAUCUUUUGUUCUAAUUGACAUUUGAAAUUAUGUUAAACCUGAGGAAGGCUAUUUAAGAUGGCUGAAAAUAUUAGUUCAUUGAAUUAAAAUUUGCUAUAAAAGCGAGAAAGAUGGUUUGUGAUAUGAUUUGCAAUAAGAAUUGUAAUUAAGGGUUAAACUAAAUAAAUUUUGUUUGCAUUCUUAAGAAAAUUUAAUGCAAAAUUAAAUAAAUAAUAAAUAAAAAUUAUUAAAAAUAAUUAAUUAUUAGAACUCUGGCCUUUACAACGAAACCAAAAUCAAAAUGGCGGCAAUUUUUUUCUUUCAGUGAGUUGCCAAUCCAGCUAAUUUUUUUCCUAAAUUUAGUGGAUUUAUGAACAAUCUAGCUAAAAAAAAUCAAACAAUUGUAAUGGAAACAAUAUGAUUUUAGUAUUUUUAUUAAAAUGUCUAGCUGUAAAUUUGAAUUUUGAGUUGGUAACACUACUUUUAAUUAAUACAGUAUACAUAUGCAUAUGCGAAUUGGAAUAUUUAUGUAGUGUUGUGACAAAACAAGUCUUACACAUUGCUAUCUGAUCUGGUUCAUCUGUUUUUUAAUAUUAUUAUUCAAGGUUUGUGUUUUUCUACAUUCUUAAAUUAUAAUGUCACAGAAACAAACGAGGUUUGUUUCCAUGCCAUUAUAAUUUAAGAAUGUAUAAUAGAAAAGAAGCCUCCAAUAACUGGAUCCAGCUAUUCAUCCAGAAUUCAAUUCCUGGUUAGGAACUGUAAAAGAUGAUGAUACAAAAGCAUUUUGCUGCAUUUGUUGUAAAGUUUUCUCAUUAAGUAAUAAGGGAAAGUGUGCAUUAGUAUCACAUGCAAAUAGUUCUAAUCAUGUUGAAAUAAAAAGAUUGAAGUUGGAACAAACUUCACUGAGGUUUUUAACCCCAAGAAAUUCAAACUCUUCUAAUAAUCAACAAAAUGUGUGUGAAAUGACUUCUGUUGUGGAAGAUAGAUCUAAGAUCACUUAUGAACAGUCUCUUACCAAAUCAACAUUUCUUAGCAGCACAUUGACACAUUUUGUGAUAAAUGAUGUAAUAAAAGCAGAGAUAAAUUGGGCAUUGGCAGUUGUAAAGAAAAAGAUGUCACUCAAUUCACGCUCUGAUAUUAUUAACAUUUUCAAAAAUAUGUUCUUUGACACUGCUAUAGCCAGACAAUUUCAAUUGGGUCCAGAUAAAGCUUCCUAUAUAAUAAAUUAUGGCCUAGCCCAUUAUUUCAGAAAAAAAUUGAUUGAUGCUGUUACAAGUUGUGAUAAUAUUACUAUUGCCUUUGACGAAUCACUAAACAAAGUUGCUCAAAGAAUUCAAAUGGAUCUUGUAAUAAAAUACUGGGACAAGAGUAAAGAUAAGGUUAUGACCAGAUAUUUAAAUAGUGUUUUUCUGGAUCAUAGUACAGCAUAUGAUCUUCUCUUUCAGACAUCAGACAUUCAUCUUGAUCUAGCAAAUGAUCUUGAUCACAUUGAGAUACAGAAUGUUGGUAAAUCAUUUGUGAGAAUGGGAAUGUGUGGUUUACAUGUAGUCCAUAGUGCUAUAAAAGCUGGUUUUAAAGUAGUAGAUUGGAAUUUGUUACCACUGCUAUGGAAUUUGUACUAUUUGCUAAAAGACUCACCCACUUGGCAUGCUGAAUACAUUGCUAUAAGUGAAAGCAGAUUAUUUCCCAAAAAGUUUGGUUCAACAAGGUGGUUGGAGAAUGGCGAAUGCUUGGAAUGUGCAGCAGAAGUUGUUGAAUCUGUGAAGACAUUGAAGACAUACAUAAACAACAGUAAAAAGUUGAAAGACAGUAAGGUGGCUAUAUUCUUCAGACAGGCACUCAAUGAUCCCUUUAUUAAAGUUAAACUUUUAUUUUUUUGGUCAAUAUGUACACAAAGUGAGAGCUUUCUCAUCCAAUUUCAGAGCAACAAACCUCUUGCACCCUAUCUUUAUAAAGCAGUUGUUCAAUUAUUAAUGAACCUGAUGAGAAAGUUUGUGAAAAAUGACAGGGUCAUCAACAAGAACUUUCUAAAAAUAGAUUUAAAUGCUAAUGAAAACUUGGUACAUCUGAAGAAUUUGGAUAUUGGUUUUUGAGCAAAAAAGUUUUAAAAGAAUUGAAAGUAAGCGACAAAGAUACUCUGUGUUUUCUAAGAGAGUGUCAAAAUGUGCUGAAAGUGAUGACACAAAAGAUUAUUGAGAAGGAACCUGUCAAAUACAAAUGUGUGAAGGCUUUGAGCAGCUUAGACCCAGAAAUUAUUAAAGUGCAAUCAAAUGUUGGAAAAUUGUAUUUCAAUGUUUUACUGGAGGUUCUACAUGAUACAAACAGGAUUGAUG